AUCUGCUUCUUCUGAAAACAUGGCUCAAUGAAUGAACACUCUUCAUUUCAGGUAGCCAGCCAACACAACAUUGAGUUCUCCUCCACAGCUGGCCAAUUAUUUGACUGACGGACGGACUGACUGACUGACUGACUGACUGACCAACUGAUUGACUGACUGACUGAAACUGACGGCUGAACAUUGGCUGGUUGACCGAGUUAUUCUCCAUCUAUCUUCCACCAAUCCACUGUUUUCCUUAAACACGGAGGUGAAUAUCACAUUUAGAGAUACACAGACAGAGGAACUGCCAGAGUAACUGUGUCUCAGAUAGAUGGCUGACAAGCAGAUCAGUUUACCUGCCAAAUUGAUCAAUGGGGGAAUUGCUGGACUGAUUGGUGUGACAUGUGUAUUUCCUAUUGACCUGGCCAAGACCCGUCUCCAGAACCAGCAAAAUGGUUCCCGUCUCUACACCAGCAUGUCAGAUUGCCUUAUCAAGACCAUCCGAUCAGAGGGAUACUUUGGCAUGUACAGAGGUGCUGCUGUGAACCUGACUCUGGUCACUCCAGAGAAGGCCAUCAAACUAGCUGCCAAUGACUUCUUUAGACAGCACCUGUCCAAGGAUGGUCAGAAGCUCACCCUGCUGAGGGAGAUGCUGGCGGGUUGUGGUGCUGGUACAUGUCAGGUCAUCGUCACCACUCCCAUGGAGAUGCUAAAGAUCCAGCUACAGGAUGCAGGGCGGAUAGAGGCUCAGAGGAAGCUGAUGCCCCAGGCUGCAGGUGGGGCCCCUGGGGGGCCCAGUGGAGGUGAGGACCCAUACAGCCAUGCAGCUCACCCGGGGGAGCUGCUGAGGAGCCAGGGCAUCGCAGGGCUCUACAAGGGCCUGGGGGCCACACUGCUGAGGGACGUGCCAUUCUCCAUAAUCUACUUCCCCCUGUUUGCCAAUCUGAACAGCCUGGGUGGCCGUGGGGCUGAUGGCCCCGUUCCCUUCUAUGUGUCCUUUGCAUCAGGCUGCAUCGCUGGCAGUACAGCUGCUGUGGCAGUUAAUCCAGUGGAUGUGAUUAAGACCAGAAUUCAGACCAUGACACGGGGAAGUCGGGAGGACACCUACAGCGGAGUGACAGACUGCAUCAGGAAGAUUCUGCACCAAGAGGGUCCCUCUGCUUUCCUGAAGGGGGCGUACUGCCGUGCUCUGGUCAUUGCUCCGCUCUUUGGCAUUGCACAGGUGGUCUACUUCCUGGGAGUGGGAGAGUUCCUUCUCAGCUUCCUGCCUCAAUGGAACAACUAGUCUUGCACUUUCCUCUCCUGCACAGCUCACAUUGGAGCCAGGUAAUCUGGCACCUACCUCUCCUACACAGCCCACAUUGGAGCCAGGUAAUCUGGCACCUACCCUCCUACACAGCCCACAUUAGCCUAAGGCCUAAAGGAGUUAGUCAGGGUCAGACAGAACAGUGUGUGUGUUCUAGACCAGAGUAUGUCCUCUGCACCUGUUGAGGGUGUUCUGAUAGGUCAUCCUUUUUACAUCCCCUACGUGAGAUGAAUUACUGUAAAUAUUUGAAUUUAGGUCUGAUUUAGAAUUGUAUGAUAAACAUUCAAUAUCAUUUCAAGUGUACUUUUAGUUGUGCUUUAUCAAGGUUUAGUCAUGGAAUUCUCUCUAUUGUUUUUACUAAGAUGUUGCUAUCAUGAUAUAAAAAUCUGUUCAAUCAUGUUAACUCAGUAUAUAUCUGUCUCAACAUGACUGUACUGUAAUAUAUUCUCUCUGUAUUGAUACUGUUUUAUUGUAGUUUUGUGGCUGUUUUGCACAGCUUCUGUACCUCUUUCCAAAUUGUGUUUCCCUCUUCGUCCAUAAAGAAGCUUUAGAAUUGCAUUCUUCUUCCAAGAAUGCAUUGAGUAUUUCAUCACAGUGAUGCUAAGAGAUGAUCUGGGGUGUAUCCAGGAUUACCAAAGAUAUAACAUAAGAUGUUGGCAGAUGUUGGAAACGAUGUAAUCAAGCUGUGUGCCUAGAAAGAGUCAACAUUGCCUGCAGCAAACGUAGCUGGUUGGUGACAUUGGUGAUUACACACCAAACACAAUUAGCUGCCCAGCCACCAUCUUGGCACCAUUUUGUGACUAGAUGUCAGUUCAGGGACCUGCCUGAAUUUGUCCAAUAGAAACUCUCAUUUUCGUUGCAAAAUGUUUUCCAUUUGGAGUAAACAGUUUCUGUUGCAAAACAUUUUGCAACAGAAUCUGGUAUAUGAAUACACCCCAGGGUUCUGAGAGUGGCCCUUCACUCACAGCACUCAACCAAUCAGAGUCAAGUCAUCUAAUCAAAAAGAUAAAAACCCACCCUUGACAUUUGUGCAAGCCCAUUGCCAUUAUCAUUACUGAAAGGUACAUUUGUAGGCCCUGUGUGACCCUGUAUCAUAAAUGUAGUUACCUAGAUUCUAUAUAUUGUACUGGUUUUCACUGGACCGUUAUUCCCUCUCCUCAGGAGGACACAGCACUUUUAUGUCACCACCCCUCUUCCCUCCCCUGUAGAUAUGGUGGGUGUUGGGUUAUAAGUUCGAGUCGUGAAUAUGGAUGUGCACUGAAGGUGUAAAACAGACUGACAGCUAUUUUAUUAUUCAUGUGAGGUAAAAUAAGAACAGAAAAAAUGUAUUCCUCUCGUACAUAUUGUUGUCUGAAAAAAAUGAAUGGGAUUGUGCUA